UGUCUCAAUGCUGUGAAAAUAGUCGAGUGAAGUGCUCUCUCAUUGGUUGCCAUUCUUUGUCCAGCCAACUGCAGCCGAAGAGAACUAGUAAGGUAGCCUAUGUGAAUGUGCUAUUUCAAGCUGUCUUACACUGUGUUGUCAAGUCCAUUUCCUGGAUCUCUUCCUCGAGUUAAUCUAUUUGACCGCAUCCGCCUCCUCGACGAUCCUCGUGCUUCACUAUGAGUUCGCAACAGCAACCGGCUCCACAAGAGAAACAACCCCCUCAGUAUUUCAAAGGGAUAGUUAAAUUGGUACUCUCUGGAGAUGCUGUAAUCAUUCGUGGGCAACCAAAAGGAGGACCACCACCUGAAAGACAAUUGAACUUAUCUGGAAUUAAUGCUCCACGUUUGGGAAGAAGAGCGGGAGGAAGUGCUGAGGAGACCAAGGAUGAGCCAUUUGCCUGGGAUGCUAGAGAGUAUCUACGUAAGAAGCUUGUUGGAAAAGAAGUUGUAUUCACUAUCGAGUACAAAGUUCCAUCAUCUGGUCGAGAAUAUGGUUUCCUUUACCUAGGGAAAGAUGCUAGUUCCGGUGAAAAUGUCAUUGAGGCUUUAGUAAGUGAAGGUCUGGUAACUGUUCGCCAAGAAGGAAUCAGAGGCUCAACGGAGCUAGCUCGUCUGGCUGAACUUGAGAGUGCUGCCAAAGCUGCUGGCAAAGGAAAAUGGGCUUCAGCUGGCUUGCAAGAGCAUGUCCGCGAUAUUAAGUGGGUUGUAGAAAACCCCCGUCAGCUUGUUGAUAAGUUUAAGGGAAAACCAGUUCAAGCUGUUGUCGAACAUGUGCGCGAUGGAUCAACAAUUAGGGCGUUCUUAUUGCCUGAUUUUUAUCACAUCACGUUGAUGGUUUCAGGCAUUAGGUGCCCAGGAUUUAAGCUGGAUUCUGAGGGUAAACCUGACCCAGCCGCGACGGAACCUUUGGCUGAAGAAGCAAAGUUCUUUACUGAAACGAGACUUCUUCAGCGAGAUGUUCAAAUCGUUCUCGAAUCCGUCAACAAUAACAACUUUGUCGGCAGUGUUAUUCACCCGAACGGAAACAUCGCUGAGCUCUUGUUGCGCGAUGGUUUUGCCCGUUGCGUCGAUUGGUCGAUCGCAAUGGUGACCGGAGGCGCAGAGAAGCUUCGCGCCGCCGAGAAAGCAGCAAAAGAAAAGAAAAUGCGCAUCUGGAAGGAUUACGUCUCUUCGGCGCCACAGUUGAGCGCGAAAGAAAAACAAUUCAAUGGCAAAGUUGUUGAAAUUGUCAACGCCGAUGCGAUUAUGGUUAAACUGCAUGAUGGCACGAUUCGAAAGAUCUUUUUGGCCAGCAUUCGUCCUCCAAGGUUGGAAGAAAAAGCUGAAGAAAAGGGAGAAAAGAAAAAAGGAUUCCGACCCCUUUACGAUAUUCCUUGGUUGUACGAGGCUCGUGAAUUCUUGCGCAAGAAGCUUAUUGAUAAACGAGUGGAUGUGACUGUCGAUUACGUUCAACCUGCAAGUGCUAAUUAUCCGGAGAAAACGUGUUGCACCGUUCUCAUCGGAGGAGCGAACGUUGCCGAGGCUCUCGUAUCCAAAGGAUUUGCAACAGUCAUUCGUUACCGGCAAGAUGAUGAUCAACGAUCUUCUCGAUAUGAUGAGUUGUUGGCUGCUGAAAUGAAAGCUUCUAAAACAUCGAAAGGAGUACAUGACAAGAAAGAAGCACCAACGCACCGCGUUGCCGAUUUAUCUGGAGAUCUUGCAAAAUCAAAGCAGUUUUUGCCUUUUUUGCAAAGAGCUGGUCGUUCGGAAGCUGUCGUGGAAUUUGUUGCCUCUGGAUCUCGUCUGCGAUUGUACAUUCCGCGUGAAACUUGUCUUAUCACUUUCCUUCUUGCCGGUAUCAACUGUCCUCGUGGCACUCGCCCCAAUUUGAACGGUGCUCCAGGCGUUCAGGAUGGGGAGCCGUUUGGUGAUGCUGCUCAGUUAUUUACCAAGGAACAUUGCCUUCAACGCGAAGUUGAAAUCGAAGUCGAAAGCAUGGACAAGGGUGGCAAUUUCAUUGGAUGGCUGUGGUUAGAUAACCACAACUAUUCCCUUAAGUUGGUCGAAGAAGGGCUUGCAAGCGUCCAUUUCACCGCAGAGCGUUCGGUGCAUUACCGAGCCAUGCAAAUUGCUGAGGAGAAUGCUAAAGCUAAAAAAUUGAGGAUUUGGGCAAAUUAUGUCGAAAAAGAGGUGAAAGCUGUGCCUGAAGAAGAUGUUGGCGCCGAGCGAAAAACUAAUUAUCAAGCUGUUGUUAUCACGGAAGUAACGCCUGAACUGCGUUUCUAUGCGCAGAAAGUAGACCAGGGGCAAGCAUUGGAACAGUUGAUGAACCAACUUCGUCAAGAACUGAACACCAACCCGCCACUUGCUGGCGCUUACGUUCCGAAGAAAGGAGACAUCUGUGCUGCCAAGUUCUCGGAUGGAGAAUGGUACCGCGCUCGUGUAGAGAAAGUAGCUGGCAAUCAGGUCCACCUGCUUUAUAUUGACUAUGGUAACCGCGAAGUUUCUACCGCCGUGAAGUGUGUGAGUAUUCCAGCGGUGUACGCAGGGCCAGCAGCGUUUGCUCAUGACUACAGUUUGGCGUGUGUCGCACUUCCGAGUGAUCCGGAAGAUAUUCAAGAAGCUGUGACUGCCUUCGGAGAAGAUACUAAUGGUCGGCAGUUACUGCUGAACGUCGAGUACAAAGGAGCAAACGGCGACUGUGUUACUUUGCUUACAAAUGAAACGGAUGCUGCUCAACGUAAAGACAUCGCACGUGAGUUAAUCGCUGACGGACUUUUGUGCGUCGAGACCCGGCGUGAAAAACGACUUGUUAAAUUGGUGAACGAUUAUAUCGCGGCCCAAGAUUCUGCGAAAAAGCGUCACUUGAACAUUUGGCGGUAUGGUGAUAUCACCGAAGAUGAUGCAAAUGAAUUUGGUGUGGGGAAACGUAAAAUCUAAAUCAAUGUUUUUAUAUUUCCCAACCUCAUUCCACUUGAUUGGCACGAGGAAUAAUUGUUUGAAAUUUCUUGCUGAUUAAAUUCAGUACCAAUAUCAAGUUAAUCUACUUUA